AUGAUUAGUUUAGCUACUUGGAAUAUUAGGGGGUUGAACCGCCCUCUAAAACAAAAGGAGGUUCGGCAAAUUGUGAAAGAAAAUAACCUGAGGUUCUGUGCUAUUUUACAGUCUCAUGUUGGUAUGGGUAACCUUAAUAAAGUUUGUAAAUCUGUUUUUAGAAACUGGGAUUGGACUUCUAAUGGUGGCCAAUGUGAUAAAGGUACUCGUAUUAUUAUUGGCUGGAAUCCGGAAGUUUUUGAUGUUAUGGUGUUGAAUCAAACCUCUCAGGUCAUGCAUGUCCAAAUUUGGUUUAAGGGUGAUGGGAAGAUGGUGUUUUAUUCGAUAGUUUAUGCGGCUAAUUACUAUGUUACUAGAAGGGAUCUAUGGCAACAACUCUCCAUGCAGAAAGUCUUGGUUGGCAACCAACCAUGGAUUGUUAUGGGUGAUUUUAACUCGGCUCUAAAUAUUGAAGACAAGUCUCUAGGAGCCUCUUUGAUCUCGGCUGGUAUGAGAGAAUUCCAAAAUUGUGUUGAUGAUAUAGAAGUUUUCGAUAUUAAUAGCUCGGGGCUUCAUUUUACAUGGAAUCAAAAACCAAAGGAGGGUGUGGGUUUGCUUAAGAAAAUUGAUAGAGUGUUGGGGAAUACCCAGUUUGUAGUUGAGUAUCCUAGCUCGAGUGCGUUUUUUCACCCUUACAGGUUGUCGGAUCACUGCCCAUGCAUACUUAAAAUCCCGAAAACUGAGGUGUGUAAACGAAGACCUUUCAAGUUUGCCAAUUUUUUGAUUCACAAGCCAGAUUUUAUGGAGAUUGUUAAAAGGACUUGGGAGCUUGACAUAGAUGGUGUGCAACAAUUUCGAGUGGUUAAGAAACUUCGAGCAUUAAAAACGCCACUUAGAGCCCUUCUUUUCAAGCAGGGUAAUUUACAUCGGAAAGUUAAUGACCUUCGAUCUAAGUUGGAUGGUAUUCAAAGUCUCAUUGACACGAACCCGUUAAAUGUAGACUUAAGGGCCGAAGAGUCCGUUAUUUUGCGUGACUACCAGGAAGCGUGUUUGGAUGAGGAAAGGUUUCUGAAGCAAAGGUCAAAAGUGGAUUGGUUAUAA